AUGACAACGCUUUCAUUAAUGGUGAGAAUUGAUAACUCUUUGUCAGCUAACUGUUUCACAUGUAAUCCAUGUCCGUCACCAUUUAAUCCUGGAUCUUAUUUAAUUAGAAAUAAAACAGGCUGUAAAUGGUGUGCUAAAGUUGAACCUACCGGCUAUUCAUAUACUGUUAGAGAUUGUGUUAAUACAUGUGAAGCUAAUACUUGGUUCUAUUUGUUCAAUAAAUAUUCAUAUCAGUGCUGUACUAAAGAUUACUGUAAUAAGAGUCAAACAAAUUACCCACCUCUACAAAUGAUAACAAUAUUGAUAUUUGCUAUUUGCUUAUAUAUUAAUAAAAUGAAUUCAAAAAUGUAA